AUGACUGGUGUUCAAAAAACUUCGUGUAAGCUUUGCCUCAAAACUGUAACCGUUAAAGGUUUUGAGGUAAUAGACAACGUUACUAGAAAUACUUUGGAUGUUCUUUUGCUGAAAUUGAAAUUGGAUAGCGAGGGCAAAGAUGUUAUAUGUAACGUUUGCAGAAGCAAGUUAAACACAGCAUUCGAAUUUAAGUCAACUUGUUUGAAGAACGAUUACGCAAUUAUUCCGUAUGUGGAUUGUGAAAAAAUGUUACAGCUCGAUAUAAGAGACGUGUAUACGAAGGAAAAGACAAGCAAGUCAAUGGAUAUUUCAGAUAGUCGGAGAAUAUGUCGAUUGUGUAUGGAGCCAGUAGAAAGUGAGUUUAGGAGCAUACGUGAAGAGGAACUUGAAGCUAUCGAGAAAUUGGCUCCUGAAAUGAAUAUAAAUAUCAUCAAAGAUCCCGUUGUAUGUAAGGAAUGCUUUGAUUCUGUAUGCACCCACAACAGUUUCCUGAAAAAUUGCUUGGAAGUACAGGAAAAAAUUGGAGGUAUUUUUAAUAGCGCAGCAACAGAGAGUCGGAUAGAUACGUCACCAGCUGAUUUAUUCAUUAAGUCUGAAAACCAGGAUAAAGAAUUCGAUAUCAACGAGAUGGAAAUGUCAAUCAAAGCUGAAAGUAUCGACAUAAAAUCGGAAGAUGAGGAAAGCAGCGACUCGCUACUGCAGAGCUCCGAUAGUGAAUCAUUCAUGAAGAGUGUCCUUAGAGAUGAGGAAGAGGAUGGAUGUAAACAUGAGAAUAAAUCGACAAAUGAAUGUAAUACAAAAGUCAAGCAGGACGACAAAGUAUUUUACAAAUGUGAUAAAUGUAUUUACGGAACUGAAAGCGAGAUCCGUUUUAUAGCACACCGUGCGAGACACGAGAACGAUUCCGAAGCAUAUAAAUGUGAUUCGUCAUUCCGUAAUCAUAGUACAGCAAUUAUAGACGAGACUACCAUUCUUGUUGUUCCAAUAACAGAAGAUGAAGAAGAGCAAUUACCUUCUCUAUACGAUGAUGUUUCUGUGGUAUCUGGUUGA